GGGAAAUUGGGCGCCGUCCUAGCUAGCAAGCUAAUGGAACACGGGGCUGUGUUGAUGGCAUCAGGCGGCUACCUGUCAACGUUAUAGGCGUCGCUGAAUCUAAAGUCUGUGUGGCUCUUUAUCACCUGCUUACAUCAGUUGUUGCAGUCAAAUAAGACUGCUGGGUUAUGGAAGAGCCAUGAAGGCCCAAUUGCAAGUCACAGUGCUUUCAGCCAGGCUGAAGGAAAACAAAAAGACCUGGUUUGGACCCAGUCCAUAUGUGGAGGUAGCUGUGGAUGGCCAGUCGAAAAGGACAGAGAAGUGCAACAACACUCACAGUCCAAAAUGGAAGCAGGCCCUUACAGUAAUUGUGACCCCGGUCAGCAAGCUCAUCUUUCGUGUAUGGAGUCACCAGACACUGAAGGCAGACAUUCUGUUGGGAAUGGCCACACUGGAGAUCCUUGAGACCCUCAGAACCAAUGACCUGAAAUUGAGUGAGGUGGUGCAAACACUGCAGCUGUGUUCUGACAGAGACCCCCAGGAUGUUGUAGGUGACCUGUCAGUCUGUCUGGAUGGCAUGCAGGUGGAUCCUGAAUCGUUCAACCCUGCACAGAGAGAUUAUGCUGCUGUUUCAAAUGGGAAUGUGGAAGAAAAUGGUGACGCUGGAAAGAGGUCAAGCAUAGACACGUCUCUCUCCAGUGACUCAGAGGAGUGGGUCAUUGUACCUAAUGGCCUCACUGUCAACGAUUCGGCCCCUUUUUCCCAGUCCCCAGGAGACUCCACUGCCUCACAUCCUCCCAGACCAGCCGGACCUCCUCCUCCACCUCCAACACCUCAGAGACCUGCCGCCUCUCCAACCUCCUCCAGCAGUUCUUCUCCUAGUGAGCUGAGUGACGGUCCGGCCUCUGAUGGCUCCUGUCAGAUGUCUGCCAGUGGAGUUUCAGAUCAGCCGGGUGAUUCCAGGGCAGCAGCCACAAAUUCUUCGCAGACAGCGUGUGGUCCCAAACCAGGUCCCUCUGACCCAGCAGCUCUGGCCGCAGCAACCCCGAGAAUCACACCCUUAAACAAUACUCCACUGCCACCAGGGUGGGAACAAAGGGUGGACCUAAAUGGUCGGGUGUACUAUGUGGAUCACAUUGAGAAAAGGACGACCUGGGAAAGGCCCGAGCCUCUGCCUUCAGGGUGGGAGCGCAGGGUGGACCCGAUGGGUAGGGUGUACUUUGUCGAUCACAUAACCCGAACUACAACAUGGCAGCGUCCCACACAGGAGUCAGUGCGUAACUAUGAGGAGUGGCAAAACCAGCGCAGCCAGCUUCAGGGAGCCAUGCAUCAGUUUAACCAGAGGUUUAUCUAUGGGCUUCAAGACCAGUUGACAGCUACAGCCAAUAAAGAGUUUGACCCGAUGGGGCCACUGCCACAUGGUUGGGAAAAGAGAACAGAUACCAAUGGCCGGGUGUAUUUUGUUCAUCAUCCAACUCGGAUGACACAGUGGGAGGAUCCCAGGAGGCAAGGGCUGCUGAAUGACAAGCCCCUGCCAGAGGGCUGGGAGAUGAGAUUCACUGUAGAUGGCAUUCCGUACUUUGUAGACCACAACAGGCGAACCACAACCUACAUUGACCCACGCACUGGGAAAUCUUCACUUGAGAACGGGCCACAGAUAACCUAUGUCAGGGACUUUAAAGCCAAAGUGCAAUACUUCAGGUUCUGGUGUCAGCAAAUGUCAAUGUCUCAGCACAUAAAGAUUUCUGUUACCCGAAAGACCUUGUUUGAGGACUCAUUCCAGCAGAUCAUGAGCUUCCACCCUCAAGAUCUGAGGCGGAGACUAUGGAUUAUAUUCCCGGGAGAGGAGGGGUUGGACUAUGGGGGUGUGGCCAGGGAGUGGUUUUUCUUGCUGUCUCAUGAGGUACUGAACCCCAUGUACUGUUUGUUUGAGUAUGCUGGCAAGGACAACUACUGCCUGCAGAUCAACCCUGCCUCUUACAUCAACCCUGAUCACCUCAAGUACUUCAGGUUCAUUGGACGCUUCAUUGCCAUGGCGCUGUUCCACGGCAAAUUCAUCGACACAGGUUUCUCUCUGCCCUUUUACAAGCGCAUCCUGAACAAACCUCUUGCUCUCAAAGAUCUGGAGUCCAUAGAUCCAGAGUUUUACAACUCACUCAUUUGGAUCAAGGAUAACAAUAUAGAGGAGUGCGGUUUGGAGAUGUUCUUCUCAGUUGACAAGGAAAUCCUGGGGGAGGUCACCACCCACGAGCUGAAAGCAGAUGGAGGUAACGUCCUAGUAACUGAGGAAAACAAAGAGGAAUACAUCAGAUUGGUGGCAGAGUGGAGGCUUUCCAGAGGUGUGGAGGAGCAGACUCAGGCAUUCUUUGAGGGAUUUAAUGAAGUUCUGCCCCAGCAAUACCUUCAGUACUUUGAUGCUAAGGAAUUAGAGGUGAUGCUUUGUGGUAUGCAGGAGAUAGACCUGGUGGAUUGGCAAAGAAACACGAUCUACAGGCACUACGCCCGAAGCAGCAAGCAGAUUCUUUGGUUCUGGCAGUUUGUGAAGGAGAUGGACAACGAGAAGAGGAUGCGGCUGCUCCAGUUCGUAACAGGAACAUGCCGCCUUCCUGUGGGUGGUUUCACUGACCUGAUGGGGAGCAAUGGCCCUCAAAAGUUCUGUAUUGAGAAAGUGGGCAAAGACAACUGGCUUCCACGAAGCCACACAUGCUUUAAUCGUUUGGACCUUCCUCCUUACAAGAGCUACGAGCAGCUGAAGGAGAAGCUCAUGUUUGCCAUAGAGGAGACAGAAGGCUUUGGGCAGGAGUGAUGCCACAGUAAGAGCAGGAGCAGCACGAUCGGGUGGAGGAGACACCCAUUUCAGGAUAAAGCACUUUCAGAUUGUGAUUGCAGCCAGGAGACACAUAUAUACGUAUUGGUAGAUGGCUGUGAUUUCUUUUUUAAUAUGUUUCUGUCACACUAACAUAUGCAGUCUUAAAGAUUUGUAAGAUAUUUAGUUAGAUUUAUUUAAUUUGUCAAUUAGCUUGACAAGACUCCUGUGACACGGGCUUACGAGGGUUCACCCCCCUAUGACUAGUUUGUCUCUAAUCUAGCUGAUCUCAUUUACCUGCUCAACCCACUGAGCAGGUGUGGAGACGGAGGAGACGUCUUUCUCACUCUGUCACGUCUGCACUUGCUCGAUAUUACGCAAGUGCAGUUUCUACAUGUAAAUCUGUGAAUCUUUGCAGUAGAAUAUUUGAAGCGCCGCCUGUUAGGUCUAUGCAUAAUUAAUGGUUAUGGGGGGAAGAAAAAAAACAACACAUUUGUGCAUUUUGAAUUGAGAUAAAAGGGUACAUAUCUAGAAGCAACUUAAAAGACACAUAUGUACUUUGGGGUCUGUCUGACUUUUUUGUUCUUGAAUGGACAAAUUAUUUUUUUUCCCCCAGUAGCGGAAUGGACUGACUCUCAUAGCAAAUACUUUUUUAAAUGACUUUUGAUAAAUAAAUAAAUAAUCAUGCUAUUUUUAUUAUAAUUUUCUUUUAUUUUGACAGGUUGAUUUUCUUUCCUAAGUAAUGGCAUCAAAUCUAAAAACAUAGUUGAGCAGUAUGAGACCAUUGUGAUUGUUCUUAAGAGAGGUCGUAUUUUUUUUUUAAUGUGCAAUAGUUUUGUAGAAAAUGUUUUGUCAGUAAUGGAAUCAAACAACAGUUUGAAUUUUUUUUUUUUAAAGCACCUUGCCAAGUUUGUGCAUAUACUUUAGAUCUAAAUUCCCAUUAUGAAAUAUGGCAGAACGGAUUUGUUUGUGAUUUGCGUGGGCAAACUUUGCCUUCCCUAAAUGGUCUGCUAUUUAUUCAGUACAUUAUUAGCCUACGUGACUAUGAUAGACACUUUUCUUUCUGAGUUUCUAAGUGUGUGAGACUUGGGAGUGUGAAGUAUUGUAAGUCUCUCAAUAAUCAUGAGAUUUUACUGAUGAUUUGCUGGAUCACUGAUACCCACUGAAUGGUUGCAGUUUAAGUAUUACCUUAGAGCCUGAAUGAAGAGACACAAUCAUAAGCAUCUAUGUAAAUAUUCUUAAAGAUAGAAAAUAUGUUAAUGUGUGUAUAUAUAUACAUUUAAAUAUAUACAUAUAUACCCACACAGUGGAACCCUCCCCCACCAUGAUUUGGAGACUUUUGGAGGUGCUGUAUGUAAAAUAUGUCACUGCAAUCCCCAUUCAAAACAUUGGAGAAGUUGGACUGCCACUCACGGGACAUUUUCUAAACACUCGAUCUGCACGUAAACUGAUCGUUACACUGAGUUCAUGCACAAACACAUACACACACAUAACUGCCCCACUGUUUAUUUAGUUUUUAUAAACACUGAACCACUUUCAUCAAUUUCCACGUGCGUCAGCAACAGGUGCAGAUUGAAAGUGAGUUUGCUUUAGAAUGGCAGCAGAGAAGUAUCAUCAUGUGAAAAAAAACAGGACACGUGACAAUAACGUACCGUAAAAACAUUAUAUAUGUUAGAUAUCCAUUGACAGAGUGUUUGUUAAUGUUGAAGUUCUGUGAGCAGCAUUACCAGAAGGGUCAGACGUGGGUAGCGCAACAGACAAAAACACCAAACCAAAACAUAGACGGAGCUUGUAGCGGGCUAAUAAAAAUCUCUUUUGUGAAUAUACACAAUUCAAUUCAACAUUUCCUUCAUCUCUGAUGACAUUAUUUUAUAUCUUAAUGUAAUACAUUUCUUACGUAUAGCACCUGAUUUAAAUAAUUUAAUAGUAAUUGGCCCUAGUUUUAUAGGGUGUGAGGUAUUUCAAGUUUUGCAGAAAUAGUGUAUUUCAUGGCUUUGCCCAAACAUAGUUUCACUAAUUAAGCUUCUUUUUGAGUUUCAAGGCAAGUAUCGUUUCAACAAAAACUCUACAGAGACGGUCUACCAUAGCUUUUUUUUCCGCAAAGAUCAAGGAUGAUCAGUAAUUACACACAUUAAUUGUCACUGUUUGACUUUUAAAAUGUAAACAAAGAAGUAGCUUUUAAGUAAAAAUUUAGUGAUAUUUUAUCAUUGAAAAUAUAUUCACAGAUUUGUCCUCUUAAGCAGUUUUUUUUUUGUAAGGAAACCAGGUCUUAAUAUUUCUUAGAGAUGUUUCACUCAUCACUGCUGUUUCAAAUGUUUUAUUAACAGGGCAAAGAUACUAGGUUGUUCUGUUUGUAGACAGUAUUGUCUCGUGUUACUGUGUAUUCCUUUGUCUUCUUUGCUUAAUAUGAGACGAGCCAAAUCUAUUAAUUGUAAUGUGAUCUUUUUAAUGACUCAAAGUCAGUAGUGUGAUUAUGUGGUGUGGUGUGGUGCAUCAUUGCAGGCUAUAAUAUAAAAAUGUAUCCCAGAUGAUUGAAAAUGUGUAAUUACGACUAAGUUUCACUAACAUUAGUUUACAGGAAAAAAAAUGAAGGCAAGGAAGUUUUUUUUAUACAGUUUUAUUUAGCUGGUAAUGAAUAAAAUGCUGGUUGUUCUUACUGACUGAAGCUCUUUUUGCCGCAGAUUGGCAGUAAUUGAAUGCACGUGUGCAUACAUGUACAGCAUUUGGUGUGUUCUUACUGGUAUACUGACUUAUUGCUUUCAUUGCUUUUUUUUAUGCAGACCAUAAAACAAAUAAAAUCUUGAUUAAAAAAAAAAAUAAAAAAGUUGAAUAUGUUUAACAGAUUACUAUUAAUGAUGUAGCACACUGACCCACCAAACUGACUGAAUUAACCACUUCACUGUUGAAUCACUGCUGUGUUUCAAAUAAUUUGGCAGUUACAUGUUUAGAAAUUAUGCAAAGUAGUGGUCUAGUUGUUCUGAUUGCAUUGUAAAUCAUGAUGAGGAUGCUUCAUUUUAUUUUUUAUUUUUUUGAAUCUCUAACUCUUUUCUAAUUCGUGGAAAUCAGUGGUAGAAUACUAUUUAUUUUGAAAAUUGGUUUCAUGUAAGAAUGAACUGGAUUGAUUGUAAUAAAAAUGAUUUUAAUACUGGG